AUGUGGCAGGAAUUGGAGAGCAUCCUGUGGUGGAUGCCCGGUGCCACAAACAGAGUUCACUCUCACUGGCUCAGUCUGAGUAAGCGAGAUCGUGGUCGUCCAGAACUCGCAUCUGCCAAUCAGGUCAGAGGUAGGCGCCGCACUACCAAUCAUCACUCACUGGCUGUCGUGACUGUUAAUUCGAGCUAUAUCAUACUGCGUAUUGCCUGUCCUGCAUUAGAAAACGAAAUAUCGUCGAAGACAAACACGAUGGCACGAGAUGUUUCUGAAUAUAAAAUGCCUAUUUCGCUUCUAGCUCUACUAAGAGGCGAACGACCAUACAGCUAUACUGAGCUUGCUACAUUGAAAAUUCCCGUGCUCCCAGACGACACCAAAUUGACACUGGACCAAGUCAAAUGCAUCUUAGUGGAUGUCAUCAUCAACAAUCAUGCGGACGUCUUCAGAGCGGCCUCUGUGCUGACGGUGCCGUUGUUUGGUGAUGAGUUCAGCAAAGUCGAGCCAUUUGAGUACGUUGUCACAGAGCCACCAGAAUUGCAGAAGGCUGGAACCAGACUCAUGGAAGGACUAGAAUGCAAUGAGUGCAUUGCAUUGAAUGACUUGUACUUUGAGUGGGGAGAUGAACGAGUGCAAGCUCAGAUCAUCGCAAAUACCGCUUUGUUGGCUGCGCUCACGAGCCCGUAUGCAGUAACCGCGCCUUCGUUGAAAUUUCCAUCCUGGACUCCCCAGAACUGGCCAAUGUCGAGGAUCGUCAAGUGCAAACCUUUUGAGCCUGUUGACGGGGAAUUGCUGAAAUUGAUGUGGAAGAAAAUAAACCGAGAUUAUGUUUCGUGGAAACUGGGAGAGGUGGUUUCUCGUGUGAUUGCCCAGAGAUGUGUAUGUUAUUUCCAGAGACGUGAUCUUCAUCCACAUGACGCUGUCAGGGACGAGGCCUUUUGUUGCAUGAAUAUGGGAGUGUUCUUCGCGCAGUUCAGCGCUUACAGCACGUUGAUGGAUUUCUUGAAUUCGAAGGGCAAAACGCUUUCGGACUUGCACGAGUUGCUUCCUGCUCCUUUUAUUGCCGACUUUAAAGCAGCAGUUGAACGUCGACGCAUUGAUCUGGAAGCGUCGCCUUGCUGGUAUCCCUACUGCCACGCACUGAAAAUAGGUUUCGUUCGUGAAUUUUCAUUUCGCAAUUGUCCAGAUAUUGCCUAUUUUGGCAUAGCUCUUAAGGCUCUGUGGAGGGAUGUGAAUGCUACCGUAGGAGAUGUUCCUGGUGUUUACCUAUCGGAAGAGGUCAAGAGGCAAUUGUGCGAAUACGCGAAAAUUGUCGUUAGGGGAUGGCAAGCUGCAGCACCUGUGCGUGCUGAGAGGCAAUCCAGUGUUCAGGGUUCGAUGUCUCCCUGGAGACGUUGCGUUUAA